ACAAUACAAUUAGUAUUAUUUAUUUUGUACAAAACAACAGUGUUUUGUAGUACCCAGCACCUAUUCGCAUGAAAAGACUAAUGAGCCAAACUGUUGAAUUAUGAAUGGUCGGUCGCAAUGACAAUGAAACUUAGGCCCCGUUUGACGGUGAAAUCAUUAAUACUCAUUACCGCACGCCCCUUUAGCCUACUCGAAACAGCUAAUAUAAACCCCUCCCCUUUACUCAUUCUUCACUCAUUCACUCGCCCCCAUCAAUUAUAAAGAAAAUCGGAAUUGCGACAACUUUUUGUUGAUCAUUUAUUAGGCUGUUGAGAGAGAGAAAUGGAGCAUAGAGAAGAGGAUGUGAGAUUGGGUGCUAACAAAUACUCAGAGAGGCAAGCAAUUGGGACAGCAGCACAAAGUCGAGAAAAGGAUUACAAGGAGCCACCUCCAGCCCUCCUGUUUGAGCCAGGGGAGUUGAUGUCCUGGUCCUUCUAUCGUGCUGGAAUUGCGGAGUUUGUUGCCACUUUCCUCUUCCUUUACAUAACUGUUUUAACCGUCAUGGGUGUCUCCAAAUCUGAAUCCAAAUGUUCAACUGUUGGAAUUCAAGGCAUUGCUUGGGCUUUUGGUGGCAUGAUCUUUGCCUUAGUCUACUGUACUGCCGGCAUUUCAGGGGGACACAUAAAUCCGGCAGUGACAUUUGGACUGUUGUUGGCGAGGAAAUUGUCAUUGACAAGGGCAUUGUUCUACAUGGUGAUGCAAUGUCUUGGAGCCAUCUGUGGUGCUGGUGUUGUCAAAGCGUUCGGAAAGACUCUUUACGAAACAAAGGGUGGUGGAGCCAACGUUGUAAAUGUUGGUUACACCAAGGGCGAUGGCCUGGGCGCUGAAAUAAUCGGAACCUUUGUUCUUGUAUACACUGUUUUUUCUGCCACUGAUGCCAAACGUAGCGCCCGAGAUUCCCAUGUACCCAUCUUGGCACCAUUGCCAAUUGGAUUUGCGGUGUUCCUAGUGCACUUGGCUACAAUUCCAAUCACUGGAACUGGUAUCAACCCAGCUAGGAGUCUUGGCGCUGCCAUCAUCUAUAACAAGGAACCCGCAUGGAAUGACCACUGGAUAUUCUGGGUUGGACCAUUCAUUGGGGCAGCAUUAGCAGCACUAUACCACCAAGUUGUGAUCAGGGCAAUCCCAUUCAAGUCCAAGUGAUGUUUCUGAAAAAGUCAUUUUCAACACACAAUUUCUAAAGCUUCAUGGAGAUCAAAAGUCUCAUUCCUUUUGCUUUUGCUUUUCCUUUUGCUUCCAUAUUGCCUUUUGUUUUAUACCUAUGUAUUUUUAAGUUAUAUCUAAGUAGGGAAAUGCAUGUGAGUGCGGCAUAUAUGUUCUUUAUUUAUGGACUUCUGUUUUUCAUUCAAGUCCAUAGAGAACAAACAUGCUAAUGAGCCCAAUAAAAGGUCAAUUUCUAAAGGGAAAAAGCAUACUCUAUGACACUUUUAAAACAAA